AUGUGCAAUACUCAUCCUGCCCAUCUGGAAAUUUGGGGCAAAGCAUGUGCUUCCCGAGAAUUGGAAGAUUUUAUCCCCGAGAUUGUGGCCUUGUCAGCGGAUUUUGUCAGCUCACUCUUCGUCGCAGUGUGUAUUUCCACGUCCAGUUCGCUGUACCUCGCUGCGGGUUUUAUCAUCGUAGACGUCGGACAAUCCAUGUUGGAGUUCAGAGAGGUGCAAGAUAACGCGAAUGUUCUGUUAAGUCUUCAUCAAGAACGUCGACAGUCGAAGGAAUAUCUCGGCAUCAAGAAUCCAAUUAAAGCAAGCGAAAGCGACAGUUUGUUAACGACAAUGCUAGCUGUGACUCGGAAUCCUAGCUCCUACAACAUCCGAUCUCUGUCGAGUGCGCGGUUGAGAGCAUGCUUGCCCCAUCCCAUUACCCAGGACCAAGAGAAAGCUCUGAAUCACCUCGAAGAUUCAGGCGUGUAUACAUCCAACACAUCAAGAAGAUCGCCUUCGGAACGAAAGAUACGUGUGUCGAGCGCGAUUACUGUACCGGAGCCUAGCGACAUCACGUCUAAAACUGGUAGUGAAAGCUCCGAGCGGGAGCAAAAGUCGAAGCAGCUGGUCGUCCAAAGUCUGCAGCUUCUGUUUCACUGCGAAUACCUCGUCCUAGUCGAAUACGUUGAGUGUAUCGUUCCACUUGUAUACGUCAUCUACAAGUCGGUGGCUGAGCAGCUCCCAAAUAUUUGCUACUUCCCUGGUGGCGCUGGCAAUUGGGGAGUAUCUGCUGUCGUGAAUGUGCUGAUCUCCGCGAUAUUGGAAAUUGGGUCACUCGUUAUGCUCAACAUUGUGCUGCAACGCAAAUUUUCGUUCUCGCCGAUUUACCAGCUUGCGUUUGUGCUUGAGACACAAAUCAUGACGGUUCAGACUAAAUUACUCAUUACGAUAUUGGUCCUACUGCAGUAUCAACUUGAGCACUUGGGCGUAGACUUCUCCUUUCGCUUCCAAUGGCUGCACCAGUAG